AUGUCCAGGGAAAACUAUAGAACCACCUACCCGAAAGGAUAUGACUCGAACGUCGUGUGUGAUUACCACUAUGGGGCUGUAGGACACUCUACUGAAAAUUGCCUAGCUUUAAAAUUUAAGGUGCACGAUUUGCUUAAGGCUGGAUGGUUGAAUUUUAAAGAAAACGAGCCUAACGUGAAAAAUAAUCCUCUACCAGUCCAUGGAAAUGCCGAUGGGAAAGCAAGAUGCAAUUUCCACCUCAAUGAAGAUCAUUCCAUGGAAGAAUGCAACAAGUUCAAAAAAGAACUUCAAAAACUGAUAAACAUAGGCAUCACUCAAAUAGGUCGUUGGGAAAAGGAUGACAGUAUGAUUGCAACCCAAUCAGAAGAAAAACUUGGCAUAAUCAUCCCAAAGCCAUUGGUCAUUCAUUUCACUAAGGAGGAAAGUAUGAAUGCCCCCGGUGAUUUGAGGACCUUAAUAGUUCAGAUACUAAGCCCUUUUUCAUAUAAAGACAAUAAAGCCAUACCUUGGAACUAUAAUGUAGAGGUACAUCUAGUUGAACAGAAGAACAAAGAUGUUUCUAGCUCUAAAGCCACCGUUGUCACGAACGUUUCAAGAAUAGGAGGAAUGACUAGAAAUGGUCGGAUAUACUCCCUAGGAAAAUCACAAAGAGAAAUGAGAGUGGUGUUCGAGAAGGCAUACACAGAUAAAGAGAAAAAGAAAGUAAUUGAGGAAGUCAAAAAGAAGAAAGUAGAAAAUGAGAAAGAGGUUUCUUAUGAAGAAGCUCAGGAAUUUCUCAAAAUCAUCCAACAGAGUGAAUGCGAAAUAGUCGACCAACUCAACCAUACUCCUACAAGGAUUUCAUUGUUAUCCCUAUUGAUGAAUUAUGAGUCCCACCGGAAGCUAUUGAUGAAAAUACUAAACGAGGCUCAUGUCACUCACAACAUCACCUUAGACAAAUUUGGAGGCAUCACAAAUAACAUCACUGCUAACAAUCACCUAACUUUCACAGAUGAUGAGCUGCCAACCGAAGAGAGAUGGCAUAAUAAAGCACUACACAUAUCAGUAAUGUGCCUCGACCAUAUAAUAUCAAGUGUCCUCAUUGACAAUGGCUCCUCGUUAAAUGUCAUAUCAAAAUCAACAUUAGCAAAACUACCUUGUGAUGGUACAUAUAUGAGACCAAGUCCCAUGGUUGUUAGAGCUUUUGAUGGGAGUCGCAGAGAAGUAAUGGGGGAAAUCGAUCUCCCAGUUCAAAUAGGCCCGAUCACAUUUGAAAUCACGUUUCACGUGAUGGAUAUUGUACCUAUUUAUAGUUGCUUAUUGGGAAGGCCAUGGAUCCAUUUUGUCGGCGUAGUGCCAUCAACCCCUACACCAAAAGCUGAAGUAUAUGGUAAAUGA